UCUCUUCAAAACCUCCAGGCAUGUUUAAAUCACUUAUAUCAGCCCUGGUUUCCAGUCUGCAUCCUCUGCUCUCUCCUCUCUCUCCUCUCUCUCUCUCGCUCUCUCUCUGUAUCGGCUGGCGUAUUGGCUCUGGUGGACUUGGAAAUUUAGAAAGGACUAGUCUCUCUCUCUCUCUCUGUGAGAGGGUUUGUCUUUAAGUGUCUAACUAGACCUCCCUGUCCCAAACUUGAAAAGUUUCCCCAGUUUCUGUAGCCACUGACCCCUAACAACCGUCAACUAUGGAAGCCAUCAAGAAGAAGAUGCAGAUGCUGAAGCUGGACAAAGAGAACGCCAUCGACCGAGCGGAGCAGGCAGAGACCGACAAGAAAUCAGCUGAGGACAAAUGCAAACAGUUGGAAGAUGAGCUGCUGGGGCUGCAUAAGAAGCUGAAGGGGACAGAAGAUGAGUUGGAUAAAUACUCUGAGGCUCUGAAGGACGCACAGGAGAAACUGGAGCUGUCAGAGAAGAAGGCCACUGACGCGGAGGGCGACGUGGCGGCUCUGAACCGUAGGAUUCAGCUGGUGGAGGAGGAGUUGGACAGGGCUCAGGAGAGGCUGGCCACUGCCCUGCAGAAACUAGAGGAGGCAGAGAAGGCUGCUGACGAGAGUGAGAGAGGCAUGAAGGUGAUAGAGAACCGAGCCUCCAAGGAUGAGGAGAAGAUGGAGAUCCAGGAGAUGCAGCUGAAGGAGGCCAAGCACAUCGCUGAGGAGGCUGACAGGAAGUACGAGGAGGUUGCUCGUAAGCUGGUCAUCCUAGAAGGGGAACUGGAGAGGGCCGAAGAGCGAGCAGAGAUCUCUGAGCUUAAAUGUGGUGACCUGGAGGAAGAACUGAAGAAUGUAACCAACAACCUCAAGUCCCUAGAAGCUCAGUCUGUUAAGUAUUCAGAAAAAGAAGACAAGUAUGAGGACGAAAUCAAAGUGCUGAGUGACAAACUGAAAGAGGCUGAGACUCGUGCUGAGUUUGCAGAGAGAUCGGUGGCUAAACUGGAAAAGACCAUUGAUGACUUAGAAGAACAUUUAUCCAGUGCAAAAGAAGAAAACUUGGAUAUGCAUCAAGUCCUGGACCAAACACUGAUAGAGCUGAAUAGUUUGUAAAGAAAUUAAACAUAAUUAGAAGCCAAAGAAGAAGAAUCAACAUUCCAUGAUUUUUUUUUAAAAACGCCAUAUUUCUAAUGGCAUGUCCAGUUUUAACGUCUCAACCGUGAAAAGACAUGUUGUACUUUCCUACCACUAUUUGUAAUUCUUGUUUUUCAUUCUCUAUUUUAGUAUACUACCGGUAACUUUUAUGUUUUGACGUCCUUUCCUACUGUCAUGAGUACAGUUCAUAAGUACAAUGAGCAUAUACUGACAGCUGUAGCUGGAUGCCAAAACACUAUCAAAGAUUCCUCUCUGACUCUAUAUAGGAAUGCUUGUAUCAGUUGUAUAGCUACCAUGGACCAGUUGUUUCACAGACAUAUUCUGCAAAAUAACAGCACAUUUUGGGGGUUGAAAUGUCUGUGGUUAGCUAAAAUAAAAAUGUAUAAUACAACUUUUAA